AUGCUUUCCAAUUCCACCGCUCCAAAGCGUUCUUCUCGCAAGGAUCGUUGUCGUCGUCGUGUGUCUCGUUUUUUCAGCACCGUGAAACGAGUUUUUUCUAUUAAGACAAAAGAGGCCGCACAUCCACUGCUUGCCGACACCCCCAUGAUUCCCGGUGCCCCCAAACCUCGCCGCGCGACUAUGGCAUAUGCAAGAUUUCAGCCACUCUGCGAUCGCCUCCCAAUUUCACCAGAAUAUUUCAUCCGGCCAGAGGCCUUCAUGGCCCAGCCAAGCAACACGGUUUCCCUCAACGUCUCGCUCAGUCUCAAUGAUCCGUCAGUUGAUUCAACUGGAAAUUCCUCUGACGUUAUUGUCAUUUUCUGUUUUUGUCUUUUUUCCAUGUCGGUACUGUUGGCAAUCACUAUUAUCUCAUAUUUCUGA